AUGAAUACGUCGUCUCAGCCAUUAUUUACACCUUCCAACGGUCUCCCAUUGACGAUGAGCAAGCAGGACGAGUCUCAUCUGAUCUUUGCAAACGGCAAGCAUCUCGCCGCUAAUCAGUUCUCCGCAUCUCCCAGAGCAUCUCCUGCGCUUUCAGAUAGGAGAAAUUCAGAGGCUGGAAUGCUCAACAACGCGAGCAGCGGCCUCAGCACCGGUAGCGAUGGCCCUCGGUUCAACGUCUCCGUCUUCCGGUCCACUUUUGGAGACGAACAGCAGGGACCAAUCGUGCGUGCGCAGGAUCCUAUUGCACCAGACCAGCGGGAGCCGUUCAUCACGGUGGAUUCACCCCCUUCCUCUCUCCCAUCUGCAUCGUUUAAAAACAGCGACGGAGAACGACAAUAUCCACCGAUUGAGAUGCACUCGAGGAGCAGAGAACGUAGUGUGAGCGUUCAGUUCGACACCAUAGACGAUAAUCAGCAAACGGCACUUCCGGCGUCGACGAUCCUCAGACAGUCGUCGCUUUCGAGCGGGAUGCCUCCAUUCGCCAUCCAGCGAAAUAAUUCAUUCUCCAGUAAUCUGACUCCUCGGCACAGCGUCAGCCAAGAUAACUAUGUAUCCUCCAGUCUGUCCGGCCCACCUGUAACUGUAAACACGAUGCACGACGCUGUACUCGCUUCAUCACCCGUGUCCUCUGUAUCCGCCCCAUCUGCUUCGUCGGCGAUUACAGGAGGCGUCGAAAAGAAUCUCGACAACCACAUCAGAAACUCGCCAUUCCUUCACGAUAUCCUAGACAGAGUGAUACGUACAGAGUAUGCUCAGAGAGAUUUGGCCCGAGAACUCGGAUCACUCGCAAGCAAGAUCAACCUUCUCGUGGAACGUCUCGACCCAGGCGAUGCGCGAAGAUCAUUUUCGUCCUCGCCCGUCCCUGGCGGUCUUCUCGGUGGGAAUAAUGGAAUACCACCCUUGGGCUCCAGUCAAUUAUCGGGUGGUCGCGAGGAAGGCGACAUUAGCAAGCGGCUCGAUGCCCUCACCAUGUCGGUUCAGCAGAUAUUGAUGAUCCAACAACAGAAUCAUCUCGCCGGUAGCACACCGCCAUUUAAUCCGAAUACCCCAGGAAGCAACAAUGCAUUCCCGGGGAUGAAUGACUUAGCCGCAGGUGGUCCACUUCUUGGCCAUUCGAACCGUCCACAUGGGCGAAAUCCGCCGCCGAUCAGGACGUGGUCUGCAGGGAGUUUGGAUAUGCCGUUGAGACAAGAGCCACAUCUGGCGCGGCCAGAUGCGCUCCUAAACCAGAAGCGCCGUUCCGUUGCGGGGAACCUCACCCGACGCGACUCUUCUGCCACUAUUGAUUCUGACUGGGGAAACAACUCCCCACGCGAUAGCGGACCCACAGUCACUAAAUGGGAGCAUUUGCAACUCGUACCCGAGCUAUUGCGCUCCAUUUCAAAGUAUGGAGUGGGUCCACCAAACAAGAUUCAACAACGGGCGUUGCCCUUCCUGCUCAAUGGCGCCGAUAUUAUCGCACAGGCGCCACCAACUCAAGAACGUAUCGCCGCAUACGUUAUUCCGGCCAUCCAUAUCGCCCUAUCGAGCCUUGCUGGUCGACCGCAGAACCGUGGGCCGAUUGUUGUAAUCAUCUCAACAACAGUAGAUCAAGCCACUCAGGCACAGCGCAUGAUUCGUGAUCUGGGCGGUGCUAUUGGCGUUCGCUCCGCGCUUGGUGUAGGGACCGGCGGAGAUGUCCAACAAGAGAUUCGGCUAUUGCAGCAAAACAUGCCCCACAUUCUAUGUGGCACACCCCAGAAGCUUCACUCGCUGUUUACCACUGUGGGUGGUCUGCCAGGGAAUGAAGUCCGAUUCCUCGUCCUCGACGAGGUCGACCAGCUCAUCGCUCGGAACCUGCAUGACUUUGUAUUCAACAUUGUCAAGUUGCUUCCUCCGUCUCGUCCUUCGUCCAACGGCGCCGGUAACACCACUCCAAUCGGCGGACCCUCGUCAGGUCCCGCGUUCAGUCCGUUCGGCUCACCUGGCGAUGCGUCCACUAGUCCAGGAUCGGGGAACAACGCUAGUGGUAGCUUUAGCAAUGGCAGUCGACGAUUCCCUCCGCUUGUCCACGCACCGAAUCCAAAUGACCCACCAGGAAGCCAGAUCCUCGUCAGCAAGAGGCAGACCGCCUUGUUCUCCAACACGGUCCCCCAAGAUGUCCUCAACUUGGCAAAUGCAAUUCAGCUUCGGGAUCCAGUUCGUGUCUUGGUCCGACGAGACGGUAAUGUCACGUCUUCAGAAACGCACAAGUAUACUGGCGGAGGCUUGAAACAGUUUUAUCUGUAUCUUGCAUUCACUGCGUCUGGUGGGCGUGCCGAUGCUACCCUUGCUGCCAAUAGUGGUUUGGGUAUUAUUGGAAGUGGACGAGGGGUUCCAACCGCUGCCGAAACGGCGCAAGCCAAGGAAUGGAAGCUUGAAGCUCUUUCCGAUUUGUUCGACGAUGUUGAAAUUCCGCAAACCAUUGUUCACGUCGGCAGUCAAGCCACUUUGGACGCGGUUGUCUACAAGCUUGCUAGUCGCGGCCUCGAGGCAAUUCCCUUGCACUCGGAAAUGAACCCCGGAAACAAGGUCGCCGCUCUAUCCAAGUUCCGCGGCAACAAUUCCAUGCUCGGAAAACAGCAGACAUCUUCCAGGGUUCUCGUCGUGUGCGACGUACCAGUCAAGAGCCCAGAUGUUUUCCAAAUUCCGCUCGUCGUAAAUUAUGGCAAGUUAGACGAGCAUCUUCCGCGAGUCGUCGAAGAUUAUGCCCAUCGCGUUGCUCCCGCAAUGGCGUCUAGUCAUUCGCGUCCCGGUGUGGUAGUAAACUUUGUGACAGCCACAGGAGGAGACGUCGAGAUGUUGCGAUCGAUCGAGUGUUUCUACAAAAUCAAAUGCCCGGAGGUCCCAAUGACACUGCGGGAUGUUCUCUAA